GGCUCGGCUCGGCUCGGCUCGGCUCGGUUCAGCCCCGCUCGCCUCGGACCAGCCCAGCCCAGCCCAGCCCGGCUCGGUCCCGCUCGGUUGGAUCAGUUCAGCUUGAUUCGGCUCGGCUCGCUCUGGUCCUUCUCAAUUCAGCUCGGCUCGGUUUGGUCCUUCUCUAUUCGGCUCGGCUCCACUGGCCCGUUCAGCUCGGCUGGCUCGCUUCAGCUCGGUUGAGCUCGGUUCAACUCGGCUGGCUCGCUUCAGCUCCCUUCGGCUCGGUUCGCUCUGGUCCCUCUCCAUUCGGCUCAUCUCGGUCCGGCCCCGCUCGGCCCGGCUCGGAUCGUUCUCCCGAGCCGGGUCCGGGUCCUGUAGCGCGGGCUUGAUCCGUAGCUGGGAAGCACCUCCAGGUCCCCUGUCCUGAGCCCGCAGCGGUGCCCGGAGCGGCAAAAAGAGAUCCUGGACCUGUGUGGUGCCAAAGAUGUUCCCGCAGAACCGGCAGCCGGCCCAUCUCCAGGCACCCUCUGCUGCCUCAGGAGCCGCUGUUGCAGCCAGCGCCAUCCCCAGCACCCCCCAGUCCCUCAAGCUGACGUACCCGGAGACCUUGGACCGCAUCAAGGAGGAAUUCCAGUUCCUGCAGAACCAAUACCACAGCUUGAAGUUAGAAUGUGAAAAGCUGGCAACAGAAAAAACAGAAAUCCAGCGUCAUUAUGUCAUGUACUACGAGAUGUCCUAUGGCCUCAACAUCGAGAUGCACAAACAGACGGAGAUUGCCAAGCGUCUCAACGUGAUCUGUGCCCAGCUCAUCCCGUUCCUGUCUCAGGAGCACCAGCAGCAGGUUGUUCAGGCCGUGGAGCGUGCGAAGCAGGUGACUAUGACCGACCUGAACGCGGCGAUCGGGCACCAGCUCCAGACCCAGCACCUCUCGCACCACGCUCCCCCCAUCCCGCUUACCCCUCACCCCUCCGGGAUGCAGCCCACCGGCCUCGCGGGCAUCGGCAGCGCCUCCGGGCUGCUGGCGCUCUCGGGGGCACUGGGGGCACAAGCCCAGCUCCUCGCCAAAGAAGACCGAGGAACCCACGACACCGAGCCCAGGGAGCGAGACCCUGGCCCCAGCUCCCUGGCGCUGCCCAACGGGGAGCGAGCACGAGCCAUCUCCGAGUACCUGAGCAGCAGCAAGAAGAGGAAGGUGGAGGAGAAGGACUUUGUUACAGAUUAUGGCAGCGACGCAGACAAAAGCGAAGACAACUUGGUGGUGGAUGAGGACCCCUCUUCCCCACACAGCGUCCACUCCUACUCAUCCCGGGAGAACGGAGUGGAGAAGGUUCCACUGGGGAAGAAGGAAGCUGUACCGCUCAGCCCGACCUCCAUGGCUUCCUCGAGCAGCACAUCCCCGUCUCGGAGCAAGGAUGCGCCCACGGUGGAGAAGGCAGGAACCCCCAGCCUGAAGUCCAGCACCCCCACUUCCCAGGGCGAUGCUGCAGCCUCGGGUUCCAGCGGUGCCCAACAAUUCCGCCCCAUCGCUGCCAAAGCCCCCGUGGAUCCCCUGGCCCUGAGCCUGAGGAACCCCUUGGGAGUGCAGAGCCCCUACUCAGCCGCCUUCGGCAUGGCCCACGCUGCCGUUAACGGGGACAUGGCCGGCACCGGUGCCUACGCCAGCCUCCACCUCGUGUCCCCGCAGCUCAACGGGGCUGCGGCCGCCGUGGGAGCCGGCAGCUACGGGCGCUCCCCGCUGGUGGGCUACGAUCCGCACCCCCAUAUGCGCGUCCCAGGGCUGGCGGCCGGCAUGCAAGUGGGAACUUCGGGGAAGCCCGCCUACUCCUUCCACGUCAGCGCUGACGGGCAGAUGCAGCCGGUGCCUUUCCCACCCGACGCCCUCAUCGGCUCCGGCAUCCCCCGCCACGCGCGGCAGCUCCACACCUUGACCCACGGCGAGGUGGUUUGCGCCGUCACCAUCAGCAACUCCACGAGACACGUCUACACGGGUGGCAAGGGCUGCGUGAAGGUGUGGGACGUGGGGCAGCCGGGCACCAAGACGGCGGUGGCUCAGCUGGACUGUUUGAACCGCGACAACUACAUCCGCUCCUGCAAGCUGCUCCCCGACGGCCGGAGCCUGAUCGUGGGAGGGGAGGCCAGCACCCUCUCCAUCUGGGACCUGGCAGCCCCUACGCCCCGCAUCAAGGCCGAGCUCACCUCCUCUGCCCCCGCCUGCUACGCCCUGGCCAUCAGCCCCGAUGCCAAAGUCUGCUUCUCCUGCUGCAGCGACGGCAACAUCGUGGUGUGGGACCUGCAGAACCAGACGCUGGUUAGGCAGUUUCAAGGUCACACGGAUGGUGCCAGCUGCAUCGACAUCUCCAACGACGGCACCAAGCUAUGGACAGGGGGGCUGGACAACACGGUGCGGUGCUGGGACCUGCGGGAAGGGCGUCAGCUGCAGCAGCACGACUUCAGCUCCCAGAUCUUCUCCCUGGGGUACUGCCCGACGGGCGAGUGGCUGGCAGUGGGCAUGGAGAGCAGCAACGUGGAGAUCCUGCACAUCACCAAACCGGACAAGUACCAGCUGCACCUCCACGAGAGCUGCGUCCUCUCCCUCAAAUUCGCCUCGUGCGGGAAGUGGUUUGUGAGCACAGGGAAGGACAACCUGCUGAACGCUUGGCGAACGCCCUACGGAGCCAGCAUCUUCCAGUCGAAGGAGACCUCCUCAGUCCUCAGCUGCGACGUCUCCACGGAUGACCAGUUCAUCGUGACCGGCUCAGGGGACAAGAAAGCCACAGUCUACGAGGUCAUUUACUGAGAACCAGAGAGGUGCGACCUGCGGGAGGGCCCGUGCCACACGGACAGGCGGACAACCCCGUGGACGGACGGGUGGACUCUGCCUGCCCUGACUUCCCAAAGAACGCGCAGCCCAUGGUCGGGGUGGCCGAGCCGGAGGAGAGCGGCCAAGGGUGGAGGUGGCCCUGGGUGGGUGGCCAAGCACCUCGCUGGGCUGGGAGGUGGCGGCUGCUGCUCGCAGUGAAUUUCUUGGGGACUUUCUCCUUGUUUUGUUCUUUUAUUUGAUGGUUUAUUUCUAAAUCUGGACUGGGGCAGCUGGGAGGGGUUUUUUGUUUGUUUGUUUUGUUUUAUUUAGGUUUUUUAUUAUUAUUAUUAUUGAGGAUUUUCUUUGGUUUUAAAUUUUUGUUGUG